UAAUUCAAUGCUCACGGUUUGGCUUAUAUUACCAAUGAUAAAUGAAUAGCUAAAAAUGAUAGCUUAAUAGUGUUUUACCAAUAUAUGAUUUUAAAUGUUGAAUAGUGAUAACAGAUUAAAUAAAUUUUUAAUAUGGCUAGUCGAGGUAGAGGAAAAGGUAAGCCAUUAAUAUCACUAGGUGGUGAUCAAGGAAACUUUGGAAAAACUGAAGUUGCACCACCUAUAUUACAGCCACCACCAAGUUAUUUACCUUUAGAAUAUAAACCUCUUCCAACAACUAUUUCUAAUGAAUUGAGGUACUUGUUACAAUUAAAAAAGGAUUUUGCAGAAUAUAUGCAUGAAUCUCCAAAUAAUGUUUUACCAAUUGUAAUAAAAAAGGAUAUUGAAAGAUAUUCUGACCGAUAUCAGGAUUUAUUAUCUAUGAAGCAGCAGUACGAAUCAAGAUAUGAUUGGACUAGAAUGCCAAUAGAAUUAAAACGUAAGCCAAAAAAAAGAAAAGGUUUUAAACAAAAAGAGCUUGUAAAGAAAAAGAUAAGAGACAUUGAUAUUGAAUCAAAGCUACAAGAACUUGAGAAAAAAGAAACAAUACAUCAUAGUGAUGCAGAAGAAGAUGAAAAAGAUGAUGAUGAGUUGGAUGAAAAGGAUGUAGAAGAUAAAAUAGACAACGAAGAAGAGGAAGUUGAUGAAGAAAUGGAUGAAGGUACAGAUUAUGUCAAUAAUUAUUUUGAUAAUGGAGAAAAUUAUGAAGAUGACGAGGAAAAUCUUGACGAUGGAGCAAUAUUCUAACAUAAAUUUGUUUUUAUCUAUUGUUUAGGGAUUUUAUAAUUAUAGAUUAUGAUUAAAUAAUAA